AACAAACUCCAUUGUGCAUUGAGUACCCAACGAUGGAGGCAGAUUUUGAGCUCAAGUCCGGUCUCAUCCACAUACUUCCUAAGUUCCGUGGACUUGAGAAUGAGGAUCCACAUAAACAUUUGAAAGAGUUCCAUGUAGCGUGUUCAAGUAUGAAGCCACAAGGUGUCACGGAGGACCAAAUCAAACUUCGAGCAUUUCCUUUCUCAUUGAUCGAUUGUGCUAAGGAUUGGCUAUUUUACUUGCCUCCUGGAUCUGUUAACACGUGGAAUGGAAUGCUACGCCUGUUUCUCGACAAAUAUUUCCCUGCUUCAAGAGCAGCAAACAUUCGGAGGGGGAUUUGUUCAAUCAAACAAAAGGAUGUCGAGACGCUCCACGAUUACUGGGAACGAUUCAAGCAACUUUGCUCUUGUUGCCCUCAACAUGGAAUCUCUGAACAGCUCCUCAUCCAAUACUUUUAUGAGGGACUACUACCGAUGGAGAGAAGGAUGAUGGAUGCCGCUAGUAAACUGCCAUCACAAACGGUGAUCAACCCAAAGCAGAAUGCAAAUGCAAUAACCUUGAGAAGUGUAAAGGAGCUACAAGAUGCUAAGAAAUCGAGCAAAAAGGGAAAUCUCGAAGAAGAGGUUGAAAAAGAAGUUGCACAUGAUGCUGUCAAAGGUCAGGACGCGGACCAAGGUAAGCCACUGAAACCCUUAGCUCCCAGUCCCCCUUUUCCUUCAAGAUUGUCUAAAUCGAAGAAGGAAGAGGAGGAAAAAGAGAUAUUUAAUACUUUUCGUAAGGUCGAGGUAAAUAUUCCUUUACUUGAUGCUAUUAAACAAAUUCCUCGAUAUGCUAAGUUUUUGAAAGAAUUGUGCACGAAUAAGAAGAAAUUGAAAGGCAAUGAAUUUGUGAGUAUGGGUGAGAAUGUUUCUGCUGUUCUUCAGAAAAUAUUGCCGCCAAAAUGCAAGGAUCCAGGUAUGUUUACUAUUCCUUGUAAAAUUGGGAGUGUGAGAAUGGAAAGGGCAAUGUUAGAUCUUGGAGCUUCGAUUAAUGUCAUGCCUAUGUCAAUUUAUGCUUCUUUGAAUGUUGGGCCCUUGAAAGAGACUGGCGUGAUUAUUCAACUUGCUGAUAGAUCUAAUGUGUAUCCUGAGGGUGUGUUAGAGGAUGUUUUGGUUCAAGUCAAUGAAUUGGUAUUUCCUGCUGAUUUUAAUGUGCUUGACAUGGAAGAAGAUGCAUCAUCUCAUUCAUUGAUUUUGCUAGGAAGACCAUUCUUAAAGACUUCUAGGACGAAAAUUGAUGUAUAUGAUGGGACACUUACUAUGGAAUUUGAUGGUGAUAUCAUUGAAUUUAAUAUUUAUAAUGCCAUGAAAUAUCCUUGUGAGUCGUCUUCGGUUUUU